UUGGAUCACAUUUCUAACGAAGUUGUUCCGUUUAAUGUCGGCGAACAGCAGAGAUUUUUAUUUCACAGUGGAUUACAAGAAUUCGAUACCAUUAAAACUGGAAUUAACAUGACAGAAGAAGUCUUUAAAGCACCCAAGAAGAGGAAAAUCGUGGGGAAAGUUGAUUAUGAGCAUUCGGGAAGUCUACCUCCAAGGCGUAAGAAGACCAAGGAGGAUUUUUACAUGUUUUGUACAAUGAUCAUGGAGUACACGCAGUACGAGACCCAGCGGAGUGAGGACCUGCGUGUGAAUCAUAACAUGAGUCCGCUGGACAGUAGCGGGAGCACAGCCGAGAGUUAUACGUCAGACACAACACUGUCUGCUGGCAGUCCUACACAUCAAUUCUCCAGCUCUCAGGAACUCAAUGACUCAGAGGAGGAGUCCGAGUUGAUCACCUGUUUCUGUAUGAAGCCAUACGCAGGGCGACCAAUGAUUGAGUGCUCUGAGUGUGAAACCUGGAUCCACUUCUCAUGUGCUAAAAUCCGCAAAAACAAUGUCCCUGAAAUUUACACAUGCCAGCUGUGUAGAGACUCCAAAUUCACUGCCCGCAAAUCAAAUCGUGUCAGAACUGAGAACAACAAAUUUACAACGUAACUAGUGCUACUACAGCUCAGAGCUUGUGAUUGGGCCGAGUGAGUGUAAGAAAGUGUGAAUGGGUGUUAUGUUGACAAUGCUAUUUUUAUGACGUAUUUUUUUUUGUGUACAAAGAUUCAUUUCUAUUCAUCCUUUUCAUUGCAUUCAUGAUAUUAAACUCAAAGUGUGCAAAAUUCAAUGGAAAAAUGCUAUUUAUGUUUAAAAGUCGACUUAUGCUUUGUCAUCUAAUUUUUGUGGGGUCCAUAUCUUAAAGAUAGAGGAUAAAAUAUCUCCUCCCCCAAAAAAUACUUUGUUGAAUCUCUGUAUCUAGAAGUAAAACAGUAGGGACCAAUGCAAAAUAUUUUUUCUAAAACUAAAAGUUAAACUUGCCUUUGUGUUUGGGGGAAAAAAAACAGCUGUGAACAACAUAUUUAUGCUGUGAUGUUUUACAUUUCCUUUACCAAUAGUCCCUUUCAAAAAUGCAUUUAGUUUGUAUUGCAGUACCAAAAAAAAAGUCGUGCAUUUUAAUUUUUUCACCAUUGAUAGAAAAUUUUCACAUUCCCAAAUACUUGACAAGUAAACCAUGAUCUUACACUAACAACUGCCCUUCAUAUGAAUACUGUGAGGUAUGCAUGGUAUUCUAAUUGGCAUUAUUCAAAACCAUUUUAGUUCUUGCAUUUAUAAGAAUUUAUCUACAGUACUUAUGUUAAAAGAUUCCUUUUACAAUUUUUAUCUAGGUAAUGAUAGCCAAUGUCCUUGUUAAAAAAAACAAAAAGAUCAUUAUAAAGUACAGACAUAAGUUUGUGGCAGCUCUUAAAUAAAGAAAUAAUUACACAAACAUAUCCUUGAAAUGUCAUUGGAAAAUUGAAUAAUGAGGAAUUUGCACUUUUUGUUUAGUUUAGAGGGUAUUGAUUAGUCUCAUGUAUAUUGUUUGUCCCAACGAUCUCAGAUACUGUCAUCUUCAUAUGCUUUCAAUAUGCAAUUUAAUUUUUCUGCCUUGACGCAUCACUAAUUUUCUUUAUUAGUUUAUCAUUUCUUUGUAUAAGGAGUAAAUUAUAUAAUAAGGUAUUUGAAACCAUCUUUUAUUAGCAAAUGAAAAAUGGAAACCUCUGCAGAAACACAAUUUGCCACCUCUUACUAACACUGCAUAGAACUGGUUAUCAGUUGUCAGUCAACCUCUAUAGGCAUUGUUGAGGCCAAAAUUCUGAAAAUCAUUAUUGCACCAGGUACUCUCAUAAAGAGAAUACCUUUUAAUUGCCAGUAAGAUUUGGUUUAGGGAAUACCUGAGAAUAUUGUGUGGUCUUACAUGUAUUUUUUCAGGUGAGUUGAUGUCUUGGGAGUACAACUCUAAAUCAGUAAAUCCAUUGUACAGUGCUGUAUCAAAUUUUAAAUGUGUCUAAUUUUGUAAAUAGUGACCAGUGUUAAAAAUAAUUUUAACAUUUUAACGAGGUUAGGAAAUGCAGACAAGUCUUUCUGUGAUGCUUUUAAAUGGCAAUUUUUUUUCUUUAGUGAAUCUAAGAAACAUUCAAAUGAAAUAAAAUAAUGGAUUUUUGAAGAAAAAUGGAACCUUGAUUAACCUGAUUAACUUUGAUGUUUUGUCUUCAUUUGUAGGCUAUCUGCACUUCAUUUUAAUAACUGGUUGUUGUAAAUACUGUGUUCAUACUUUGUAAAUAUUUUGUUUAUAGAACUAUUUUCACAAAUCAUUUUCAUUGUACUUGUUAAAGAUUCCCUACAUAUUAAAUUGUAAAACUAAA